UCGCCACCCAUUGGCUGGUUCUGCCGCGAAAGGCGGGUACCCGCCGCACACGCGGGACCCUUGGCAGUUCGGGUGUCGGCGGCUGGAGCAAGCGUUGGCUGUGGGCAUGACGCCUGACGACGAGGAGACCCAGCCACUUCUGGGGCCGCCCGGCGGCAGCGCUCCCAGCGGCCGCCGCGUCUUCCUGGCAGCGUUCGCCGCUGCCCUGGGCCCGCUCAGCUUCGGCUUCGCGCUCGGCUACAGCUCCCCAGCCAUCCCGAGCCUACGACGCGACGCGCCCUUGGCCCCGCGCCUCGACGAGGACGCCGCCUCCUGGUUCGGGGCUAUCGUGACCCUGGGCGCCGCGUCGGGGGGCGUACUGGGCGGCUGGCUAGUGGACCGCGCCGGGCGCAAGCUGAGCCUCCUGCUCUGCACCGUGCCCUUCGUGGUCGGCUUUGCGGUCAUCACCGCGGCCCGGGACCUGUGGAUGCUUCUCGGGGGCCGCCUCCUCACCGGCCUGGCCUGCGGGAUUGCCUCGCUUGUGGCCCCGGUCUAUAUCUCUGAAAUUGCGUACCCCACAGUGCGGGGCCUGCUCGGCUCCUGUGUGCAGCUGAUGGUCGUCAUAGGCAUCCUCCUAGCCUACCUGGCAGGCCGGGUGCUGGAGUGGCGCUGGCUGGCUGUGCUGGGCUGUGUGCCCCCAUCCUUCAUGCUGCUGCUGAUGUGCUUCAUGCCCGAGACACCGCGCUUCUUGCUGACUCAGCACAGACGCCAGGAGGCCAUGGCCGCUGUGCAGUUCCUGUGGGGCUCUGAGCAGGGCUGGGAAGAGCCACCUGCUGGGGCUGGGCACCAGGGCUUCCAUCUGGCCCUGUUGAGGAAUCCUGGUAUUUACAAGCCCUUCAUCAUUGGCAUUUCAUUGAUGGUCUUCCAGCAGCUGUCAGGAAUCAACGCUGUCAUGUUCUAUGCAGAGACUAUCUUUGAGGAAGCUAAGUUCAAGGACAGCAGCCUGGCCUCGGUCAUCGUGGGCAUCAUCCAGGUGCUGUUCACGGCCAUGGCGGCCCUCAUCAUGGACAGAGCUGGGCGGAGGCUGCUCCUGGUCUUGUCAGGUGUGGUCAUGGUGUUCAGCACCAGCGCCUUUGGUGCCUACUUUAAGCUGACCCAGGGCGGCCCCAGCAACUCCUCGCACAUGGAGCUCUUGGCGCCCAUCUCAGUGGAACCUGCCAGUGCCAGUUUGGGGCUGGCCUGGUUGGCAGUGGGCAGCGUGUGCCUCUUCACUGCUGGCUUUGCUGUGGGCUGGGGGCCCAUCCCCUGGCUCCUCAUGUCUGAGAUCUUCCCUCUGCACGUCAAGGGCAUUGCCACUGGUGUCUGUGUCCUCACCAACUGGCUCAUGGCCUUUCUGGUGACAAAAGAGUUCAGCAGCCUCAUGGACGUGCUCAGGCCCUAUGGUGCCUUCUGGCUCGCCUCUGCCUUCUGCAUCUUCAGUGUCCUUUUUACUUUGUCCUGCGUCCCUGAAACCAAAGGAAAGACUUUGGAGCAAAUCACAGCCCAUUUUGAGGGGCGGUGACAGUCCCUUCCCAUGAGCGACUGACUCUCCUAGCUGGGACAGCUUUGGGCUGCAGAGGGGAUGGAACCCACCUGUGACUCUGAGCUGGGCCCUGCCUACCCCCAGGGAGCUGGGAGCCAGGACCCAGGACGACAGCGCCUUUCAGCCUCAUCCUCCAGGAUUCCUCCUUCCUCCCCAGCUCCGCAGCCCCUCAGUCCCCUGGGCCAGCUCCCCCUGCUGCUCAUUGCCUCUGGAAGAGGCGACAUCUCUGAGGGGCCUCACUGCCCUGCUCCAUGAGCCAUCUCAAUCUUGACUUGAAAGUGGUGGUGGAGGAGGGUGACUCGGCUCCUCGUUUUCUGGAGAUGCCUUUGGAGGCAGGUGAUGGCCUGUGGUUGCUCCUCUCAUGUGGCUGUGUCAUCAGGAAGGAACCUCGUUUGCCAAAUAAAGAUUUGACUCAGAAAA